AUGCCGGACUCUGGCCUGGCGUCCAGCCCUCCUGUGGCCGCCUCCGUCCUCUCUGUGGCCGUCCUCUGGCUGUGGAUGCUCCUGGCGGCCGCCCACAGCCCGCCCCACGCCGCCGCUGACCAGGGUCUGGCAGAGUCCGACCCACCCAUCUGGAAUCUGCGCAUGGACCCAGCUCAGAGGAGACUCACGUGGGACCUUUGGGACAACAUCACGGACGUCGUCUGCAUCAGCGGCUUGGGGAGUGUCCGCAAGGCCACGGCGCGGAGCCACUGCCAGUACCCCUUCCUGCCCAUGUGCCAGCCCACCAACUUCACCGUGCGGACGACCCGGGAGCCACGCUUCUCCGCCUCGAUCCUCCACCCUCUGCCUGACGGGAUCCCGGGGUCCGCGGCCGAGCACCUGAGCUGCUGGGUGCACGAGGUGGAUACAGUCACAUGUUCCUGGGACGUCGGCCCCGCGGCCCCCGGCGACACGCAGUACCACCUGCAUUGGGAGGACCUGAGGACGCGGCGGGUGCGGGCGUGUCAGCACUACAGCAAGGACCCCCGGGGCGUGCACGUCGCCUGCGACUUCAGUGGCUUCUCCGGGGCCUCUGGGAACCUCCAGCGUUUCUGGGUCAGCGGCAGCAGCGCGGAGGGGCCCGUGCCGUGCUCCGAGGUCCUGCACCCGCUGCCCGAGAUCGAGCGACUGAGUGCCGGCAACCUCAGCAGCACCUGCAACCGCUCCCGGGCCGAGCUGCGCUGGGCCGUGUCCAGCCGCCUCCAGACGGGCUUCCAGUACCAGGUGACGACGCAGCAGGGUGGCAGUGCACCCCAGACACGCACGACCUGGGAGAACCGCCUGUCUCUGCCGCACGCGGGCGACUUCGUGGUGCGGGUCCGCGCGCAGGGCUUGGACUACGGCCACUGGGGGCCCUGGGGUGCCCCCCAGCACUUCAGCUGCCAGGCGGAUGACCCCGCGCCCCCCGGAGGCGCGUGGGUGUUGGCGGCGCUGGCCGUGCUGGGCGCGCUGCUCGUGGCCACGGCCGCGCUGGUCCUGUGGUCCAGGUCGUCGCUGACCGAGAAGCUGUUCCCCCGUAUCCCACAGCUGAGGGACCCCUUCGGUGACCACCUCCCCAGCGGCCACCUGGUGUUCCAGGACAAGCAGGACUGCCCAGGGCCCACCGUGGAGAUUGUCCAGGAACUGUGAUGCACAGGAAGGGGCGGUGGACGCCCCGGAGAGUGGACAGAGGAGGUCCAGGGGUUCCUGUAUGGCCGUGCAAAGGCCCUGGGGUUCCCCGUAGACGUACAUGCCCCACAGCUGGGGACCAGAAACCCUUGUCGGGCUCCAGGGCUGGACUGUGCAGUAGUUAGGACACUGGGCGGCCUGGUCUCGGGGGGGCCCUAGAGGCGGAUCCCUGCUGGCAGGGCUCAGGGCUCUGGACCCCGGGACACGGGUCAGGGCUGGAACCGGCC